AGAUGGCUGCCUCCUGUAUGGUAUGUAAUACAGGCCCCCAUGCCUGGCAAAAUACACAGAACAGUCGCUAUGCAACUAGCUAUCAAAACAAACUACAAGACUACCAGGAUGAGCAACUUUAUGGAUAUAACCGCAGUUGUAAGAAAAUAUGCCUUUCACCCAUCUCCUGGUCUAGCGAAGGAGGGGCAAAGUUCAACAACUCCUCUUCAGUAGUCCACAAACUUGGAAUUUUACUGGAAUCGGAGGAUCUUUCAGAUUUAACUCUGAAAGUUGGCCACAAAACUUUCCAAGCCCACAGACUAAUACUCAGCUGCGCCAGUGAUGUGUUCAGAGUUAUGUUAAUGAACCCAAGAUGGCCAGAAGCUCAUAAAGCCAGCAUUGUCCUCAAAGAGGAGCCCGAAUGUAUCGCAGUGUUCCAGCAUUUUCUGAGGUACUUGUACACUGGUGUUAUUUCAUUGCACAGCAGAACUGUAUUACCUUUACUCAUGUUGGCAGACAAAUACAACAUUGAUGACCUCGGGCAGUUGUGCGUAGACUUUAUGUGUGAACACAUGGUUGCUGCACCUGCUGAAAUGUACGUUGUUUCCUGGUUACAGUACGCACAAGUCUGUGGUCACGGCAAACUUGAAGUGGCCUGCAGCAACUUCGUGUUGUGGAAUUUUGAAACUGUGAUACAGACAUCAGAUUUCGUCCUCAUGGAUAGGAACUUACUUAUACACUUUCUUAGUAGUUCUGAGUUAGUGAUUAGUGAUGAGUUUACACUCUAUCUUGGUGUCUGUCACUGGUUGGCCCAUCUAUGCACAAGAACAAAAAAGAAGUCUGCAAUGUUUCACGAUGUUGUCCUACAAGUAUUGGCACAUAUUAGAUUCCCCAUGAUGUCACCAGUGCAGUUAGAGCAACUAAAUCACCAUCCCUUGUCUGCUGACUUUCAAGCAUUUCUUCAGCAAAAGAUCAAAUUAGCCAGUGAGUACCACUCUUCAUCACUUGAGGCCAGAAAAAGCAUGGCUGGUGUCAGUGGAGUUUGCGACGAGUUCAGACCAAGAAAUUACACAUGUGAUACCUGGAGUACCGUUCUCUCCAUUGAAAAUUUCAAAACAUUACCAGAGCACAGUGUUCGCCCAAUCAUUUUUGCUACACCUGUCAGUGGGUCGAAGGCAGAUGAAAAUAGCCAAUGGGAAUGGAGCGCCGACUUGUACCCAAAAGGUGUCCACUUCCAAGGCUGUGUCAUGAUAGGUUUGCAAAGAAACUAUGACAUUGAGGAAACCAUCUACGAAAAUGUCCGUCUAGCUCUGCAGGCAAAAGAAGACCCCAAUGUGAAGUCAUCCGCUUCUUCCUGCAGGCAUGUUGACAUUGCAGUGUUAGCCUUCGCAGAGGAGGGCAAUAUUGAAUAUGUCAGGAAUGUGAAACAUAAGAGGUUCAUGUUUGACGGAGAAUGGACGGUGUGUAAUCUCAAUGAUGUGGUGCCUUUUAACGACCUCAAUAGCAAAGUCACAUCGUAUCUGACAGGUCCAGAGAAAUCCACCUUCAAAAUUGUGAUCAUCAUAAAACCAGUUUGAAAAAAAAGGGAGAAAUGAAACAAACUUUUAUGGCAAAGAAAGGGGAUAUUAGUCUCACCAGAAUUAUAAGACCCUGUUCACAUGACAAGUCUAUUUUCUAAAAAUCUAUUUUCUAUUCGCGGUAU